UGGGGGUCAGUGGGAAGAAUGUCCCUUCCAUUGGGGGUCAGUGGGAAGAAUGCCCCUUCCGUUGGUGAUCAGUGGGAAGAAUACUCCUUACAUUGGUGGUCAGUGGGAAGAAUGCUCCUUACAUUGGGGGUCAGUGGGAAGAAUGCUCCUUACAUUGGGGGUCAGUGGGAAGAAUGCUCCUUACGUUGGUGGUCAGUGGGAAGAAUGCUCCUUACGUGGUGGUCAGUGAGAAGAAUGCUCCUUACAUUGGGGUCAAUGGGAAGAAUGUCCUUACACUGGUGGUCAGUGGGAAGAAUACUCCUUACAUUGGUGGUCAGUGGGAAGAAUGCUCCUUACGUUGGUGGGUCAGCGGGAAGAAUGCUCCUUACAUUGGUGAUCAGUGGGAAGAAUGCUCCUUACGUUGGUGGUCAGUUG